AUGUCAACAACUACUCCCGAUGAUCCGGAUACCACCGUUGAACAACACCAACACGUGAAUUCGAAUCGUUCGUCAUACGUUCAUCUAUUGGCAGGAGGACUUGCCGGUACUUUUGGAGCUGUACUAACAUGUCCACUAGAAGUAAUCAAAACUCGAUAUCAAUCUUCAAAAAGUUCAGUUUCAAAAGAAUACAAUCAUCUAAAUCUAAGCUCAUCUAUGAGUAAUACUGUGACCUAUAAUAUGCGUCGUUCAAUGCCGUUUUCCAAUAAACGUCCAAGUAUCAUAGCUGCCUUUCGGUACAUUCUAAAAUAUGAAGGCGUUCCUGGUCUUUUCAAAGGUUUGGUACCAAAUUUAGUUGGUGUGGCACCAUCUCGGGCAAUUUAUUUUUUUGCCUAUGCUAAUACAAAAUCAUUUCUAGUCGAAGAAAUGGAACGAGAAACGCCAUUGGUACAUGUUACAUCGGCAGCUGCUGCAGGUUUUGCUAUGUCUACAUGUACUAAUCCAUUGUGGUUCGUUAAAACUCGACUUCAACUUGAUCAAGGAAAUCUUCGUGCUAUGGAUGUUGUUCGAAACAUUUAUCGUCAAGGUGGUCUUCGAGGCUUCUAUAAAGGCUUAUCGGCAUCGUAUGUUGGUGUAUCGGAAACGAUAGUUCAUUUUGUCAUCUAUGAACAAAUCAAAGCACAGUUACAGCUGAUUCAAGCAAGUCAAAAUCGUGCAUCUGAUGAUCCGGAUCUUUUUGAUUUCUUAUCAUAUUUGGGUGCUGCUGCGUGUUCAAAAUCAUGUGCCAGCACGUUAUGUUAUCCUCAUGAAGUUAUUCGUACACGUUUAAGAGAAGAAGGUACCAAGUAUAGGACAUUUCUUCAAACAUUUAGAACAGUCAUACGUGAAGAAAGUGUUGCUGGCCUUUAUCGAGGUUUAUUAACACAUCUGAUUCGACAAAUUCCUAAUACGGCUAUUAUGAUGAGUACAUAUGAAAUAGUGGUUGCUCUUUUUUCAACAAGUACAGCUACAACAGCGCCAUCGACAACUGAGAUAACAACGGUUCAAACAAGAAAAGUUGUGUUGAAGCAAGUUGAUGCCGAGGCAAAUGCGCUCAAUGAAGCUAAAACGUAA